GCGGCGCCUGCUCGCGCACGUCGUCGCCUGGGCCGCCGACGGCGCCGUCGCGGCCUACGUGCGGCGCCGCUGGCCCGCGGUCGUCGACGUGUCCGCGGCGCUCAGGGCAGCACAAGAGAGCGAAAUUCCCAACUUCAAAGCCUCAUAUCUCGGCCGUUUUCCACUCGCGGCGCUCGCGGACGGCGACGCGGCGCGCGACGCGCCCUUCGAGUCGUCGGCGUACGCGCGCUUCGCCGCGGUCAAGGCCCUCAUGCCCCACGCGGCGGCGGCCCUGCGCGCCCCCGCGCUGACGCAGGACGCCGACGUCGUCUGGCUCGGCGACGUGCCCGCGUACUUCGACGCGCGCUUCGGCGACGCGAACAUCGAGGCCGUCGCCUUCGCCGACUCGCCGCGCGUGGACCCGCGGUCGCGGCCCUGCAAGCGCAAGGAGGCGCCGGCCAUGGCGCGCUACGCG